GGUGAGGUCACGUUGAAGAGCCCACCGAAGGAACCAACGAAGGGCAAGCAAUGAGUCGAUCCGAGCACCACAACCAUGUAUACUCCUCGUGACAUGGAGGCCCUCCGGAAAGCAUACAAGGAUGCACUGCGUGACAAGGAGAUGACAGCAAAGGAGAUGGACUUUAUGAAGGAUAGGAUGGCUCGGAUGGGGGCGACGCGUGUCCGUAUUCGUGCUCGCAAAGCAUCGGCGAGGAAGACUACGCCGCGGGAUCUGAAAGGGUCCUUCGAAACUGUUGAAGUGGAGUCUAAUGGUGAGGGAGCGGGUAGAGGAAACGGGAAAGGCACUGCUCGCAAGGAAACUAAUGCAGCUCAAGAUCAGGGAGUGGAGAAGAUGGCGAAAUUUAGGGAUAUACGUCUGAAGGGGCUUCGGCAGGCCAAGAAGGCUGACAUGGAAAAAACCUGUGAAGAUGAAGGGAUAAGCUACAUCAAGCUUGAACAAGCAAAAGCUGAUGUAGCGGAGAUACGUGCUAACAGGGACUUCGAUGCAUGGCUCAAGGAGGCGGAUCAGGCUGCGGAGGAUCAGGAUUAUGCCACAUCCACAGAGGACGUUCCCGACGAGUGAGGACACUCCCUGGGCGCAUCACAACAUAGGGAGCUGACCCUCUUCUGUCGGGAUUAUUGGUCUGACCUAUCUUCGGAAAAGA